AUGCAGUCUACUUCAGCUAAUAUCAUAGUUGGAUCUCAAGUAUGGGUGGAGGAUAAUGAGGUAUCUUGGAUAGACGGUGAAGUUCUAGAAAUCAAUGACAAAGAAAUAAAAGUACAAUGCUCAUCCGGAAAAGAAGUUGUGGCUGUUCUGUCGAGUGUGUAUCCAAAAGAUCCCGAGUUUCCGGAAGGUGGAGUGGAUGAUAUGACAAAGUUGGCUUAUUUGCAUGAGCCUGGGGUUCUACGGAAUUUAAAAAGUCGGUUUGACAUGGAUGAAAUUUACACUUACACAGGAAAUAUUUUGAUUGCGGUGAACCCUUUCAAACGAAUACCAAAUUUAUACGACAAAUCUGUGAUGGAAAAAUACAAAGGAAUAGCUCUUGGGGAACUGAAUCCACAUCCUUAUGCUAUUGCGGAUAUGGCAUACAGGCAGAUGGUUAAUGAAGGAAUAAGCCAGUCAAUUCUAGUGAGUGGAGAAAGUGGUGCUGGUAAGACCGAAAGCACAAAAAAUCUUAUGCAAUAUCUUGCUUAUAUGGGAGGUCGGCAUGGAGCUGAUGAAAGGAGCGUGGAGCAACAAGUUCUAGAAUCUAAUCCGGUUUUAGAAGCAUUUGGUAACGCAAAGACUGUCAGGAACAACAAUUCGAGUCGAUUUGGUAAGUUCGUUGAGCUCCAAUUCAACGAAAUAGGAAAGAUAUCUGGAGCUGCUAUAAGAACUUAUUUGCUAGAAAGAUCACGGGUUUGUCAAGUUUCUGACCCUGAGAGAAGUUAUCAUUGCUUUUACAUGCUCUGUGCCGCACCACCUGAGGUGUCCGAAAAGUAUAAACUAGGGGACCCAAGAACGUUUCAUUACCUUAAUCAAUCAAAUUGUUAUCAACUCACAGGAGUUGAUGAGUCUAAAGAGUACCUUGAAACCAUACACGCCAUGGGUGUUGUUGGGAUCAAUUCUGAUGAGCAGGAAGCUAUAUUCCGUGUUGUGGCUGCAAUACUCCACUUAGGGAAUAUUGAGUUUAGUAGAGGGAGUGAACCAGAUUCCUCUCAACCUAAAGAUGAUAAAUCUCGAUUUCAUCUGAAAACCGCAGCUGAGCUUUUCAUGUGUGACGAGACAGCUCUUCAAGAAUCUUUCUGCCAGCGUGUGAUGGUAACUCGUGGCGAGAGCAUUAAAAAGUCUCUCGAUCCAAAUUCUGCUGCUAUCAGUAGAGAUGCUAUGGCCAAAAUUGUUUAUUCAAAAUUGUUUGACUGGAUUGUCACCAGGAUUAAUAAUUCUAUAGGUCAAGAUGCAAAUUCGAAAUUGUUGAUCGGGGUUCUGGAUAUAUAUGGAUUUGAGAGUUUCAAGACGAACAGUUUUGAGCAAUUUUGCAUCAAUCUGACUAACGAAAAACUCCAACAACAUUUUAAUCAGCAUGUUUUCAAGAUGGAGCAAGAAGAAUACUCCAAGGAGGAAAUUAAUUGGAGUUAUAUAGAGUUUGUGGACAAUCAAGACAUUCUAGACCUCAUUGAAAAGAAACCAGGGGGAAUCCUUGCUCUUUUGGAUGAAGCUUGUAUGUUUCCAAGAUCCACUCACGCUACCUUUGCUGACAAGCUUUACCAGACAUUUAAAGAUCAUAAACGUUUUAGCAAACCAAAGCUAUCAAAUACAGACUUCACCAUCUGCCAUUAUGCUGGUGAUGUCACUUAUCAAAGUGACUUCUUCUUGGAUAAAAACAAGGACUAUGUUGUUGCUGAGCAUCAGGCUCUCAUGAAUGCUUCUAAAUGUUUCUUUGUAUCGAGCUUAUUCCCACCUCUUGCGCAAGAUUCAUCUAAAGCUUCAAAGUUCAUAUCAAUUGGUUCCCAAUUCAAGCAACAAUUACAAGCAUUGCUCGAGACACUCAGUCAUACCGAGCCGCAUUAUGUUCGUUGUGUAAAACCAAAUAAUCUUUUAAAGCCUGCCAUUUUUGAUAAUCCGAAUAUAUUGCAACAACUUAGAUGUGGGGGUGUUAUGGAGGCAAUUAGGAUCAGUUGUGCAGGUUUCCCAACCCGUAAACCUUUCCAUGAAUUUAUAGACCGUUUCAAGAUCCUUUCACCUAAUGUUUUAACAAUGAGUGAUGAGAUAGAAGCUUCAAAGAUUUUAUUACAAAAGGCAAACCUUGAAGGGUAUCAGAUCGGUAAAACAAAAGUGUUCCUGAGAGCAGGACAAAUGGCAGAAAUAGAUGCUCGUAGAAGUGAGGUUUUAGGAAGAUCUGCUAUCAAAAUCCAGAAAAGAUUUCGUGGGUAUUCUACGUGCAACAAAUAUACCUUGUUACGAUCUUCAGCAAUAGUGAUACAGACUAUAUGUAGAGGGGAAGUUGCACGUGUUUGCUAUGAGCGUCGAAGGAAAGAAAGGGCAUGUUUGAGAAUUCAGAAAAACGCACGCAUGCAUCGUGAGAGAACUCGUUACAAAUCCAUGAGUUCUUCAGUUAUUUUUAUACAAAAUGGAAUGCGUGGCAUGGCUGCACGCAAUGCAUAUAAUUAUAAAAGGAAAACAAAAGCAGCAAUUGGUAUCCAGAGUCGAUGCCGACGACAUUUGGCAUUGCGUCGUUAUGUAAAAAUGAGGAAAGUAGCAGUUUAUGCACAGUCUGUUUUAAGGAAAGACUUGGCACGCAUAGAAUUAAAGAGGCUUAAAAAGAUUGCAAGUGACACUAGUGCUCUCCAAGAUGCCAAAAAUAAAUUGGAACAGGAAGCCAAAGAACUGGCCAUGCGAUUACAGGAGGAGGAACGCAACAGGGCCGAUAUGGAGGAAGCUAAAAAGAAGGAAACUCUGAAGCUACAGUCUACUGUAAAGCAGAUGGAAGUUCAAUUGGCUGAGAUGGAGGAAGCUAAAAAUAACGAAAAUGCGAAACUGCAAUCUGCUAUAAAAGAGUUGGAAGUUCAAUUGGCUGAUAUGGAGCAAGCUAAAAAUAUGGAAAAAGAAAAACUAGAGUCUGCUUUAAAAGAGAUGGAAGUUCAAUUGGCUAACAUGGAGGAAGCUAAAAAUGAGGAAAAGGCUAGAUUGGAAUCUACUAUAAAGGGGAUGGAAGCUGAAUUGGCUGAUAUGGAGGAAGCUAAGAAAAAGGAAACUGCAGAACUGCAGUCAGCUAUAACGGAGAUGGAAAAUAAAUUGGCUGAUAUGGAGGAAACGAAAAAUAAGGAAAAUGCAAAAUUGCAGUCGACUAUAGAAGAAAUGGAAGUUCAAUUUCAAGAAAUUAAAGAACUGCUUGAAGCUGCAAAGAGAGAAAUGGAGCAAGUUCGUGUUGCCGACAACGAGAAAAUCGAAACACUUACGAGAGAAAUGGAACAAGUUCGUGCUGCCGACAAUGAGAAAAUAGAAACGCUUACGAGAGAAAUGGAGCAAGUUCGUGCUGACGACAAUGAGAAAAUAGAAACGCUUACGAGAGAAAUGGAGCAAGUUCGUGCUGCCGAUAAUGAGAAAAUAGAAACACUUACGAGAGAAAUGGAGCAACUUCGUGCUGCUGACAAUGAGAAAAUAGAAACGCUUACUACUGACAAUGAGAAACUCAAGGAUGUGGUUAAUUCAUUGGAAUCGGAAAUUAAUGAAACACAAAAGAAAUAUGAAGAGACGAGUAAAUUAAGUGAAGAUAGGUUGAAAGAGGCUAUGGAUGCAGAAGCAAAGAUAAUUGAUUUGAAGCUCGACAUGCAAUGUCUUCAAGAAAAGAUUGCUGAUAUGGAAGCAGAGGAUCAAAUUCUGAGGCAGAAGGAACAUCAAAGCGGCAGUCCUUCAAACAAAUUUAAUAGCAACUUGACACAAUCCACCAUAGGAAGGGAACGUGAGCUGGUUGAUAAUGUUAUGAAAGCUGCUACAGAAGAUCUUGGGUUUUCUCAAGGGAAGCCAGUAGCUACAUAUGUUAUAUACAAAAGUCUUUUGCACUGCAAAGCUUUCGAACCAGAUAUAACUACCGUAUUUGAUAGGAUUAUCCAGAUGAUGGGUUCUGCAAUAGAGAAAAGUGAGGAGAUUAAGCAUAUGGCUUAUUGGCUCUCAGUCACAUCUACGUUGCUGUUUUUGAUUCAGAGGACUUUAAGUCCAAGUCCUCCCAAACCCGAGCAGCCAACAUCAUUAUUUGGAAGGAUGACCAAAGGAUUUCGAUCAGCAUCAAUUAUUAGUAUAGUGUGCCAUGUGGAGGUCAAGUACCCGGCUUUGCUUUUUAAGAAGCAACUUGCUGCCUAUGUUGAAAAAUUAUACGGAUUUAUUCGUAAUGACUUAAAGAAGGAUAUGUCACAACUUCUUGCCUCUUGUAUUCAGGCGCCAAUAACAUCGGAUGGUAAAGUUUUUCCGGUAGAGUUUUGGGAUAGCAUCAUUGAACGCUUAGAUGGCCUGCUUGAUACAUUAAAAGAAUGCAAUGUGCCAUUAGGCAUUAUCCAGAAGAUAUUUUCUCAAGUUUUCUCUUUCACUGAUGUACAGCUUUUCAACAGCCUUCUUCUACACAAAGAGUGUUGCACGUUCGCAAAUGGGGAGUAUGUGAAGGCAGGAUUAUCUAAACUAGAGGUUUGGUGCUCUAAAGUCACAGCAGAGUAUGCAGGCUCAUCAUCGGAUGAACUUAACCGUGUAAGGCAGGCGAUUGGGUUUAUGGUUUCAAAAGAGAAAUCUAAAAUAUCAUACGAUGAAUUCACAACUAAACUAUGUCCUGUUCUAAGUAUCCAACAACUUCACAGACUCUGCACUUUUUAUUCAAAUAAUAAGGAUGACACAGAUAGUGCCGCCCCAGAUCUUAUUUCCAAGUUAAAAGGUCUAAUGUCAGAGGACUCCAGUGAUCCUGAUAGUGACUCCUAUUUGGUAGAUGACAACACUUCUAGCAUGGCCUUCCCAGUUGAGGAGAUUGGUAAAUCCAUUAACGAGAAAGAUUUUUCAAACAUGAAACCUAGCCCUGAACUCCUUGAAAAACCAGAGUUUCAAUUUCUACUGGAGUAAGGCUUGUGGGUCUAUUUGCAUUGCUUCUAGUUCGGUUACUCUUUUGUGAUCGGGUCACGUCUACAAGUCAAAUAUUCCUGACCUGACCCCAGACUAAGGAAUCUUGGUGCAUUGGGCACCCAUAAGAUAACACAACGGAUUUCAUAUUUUCUCGAGCCGAAAUAUGCCAUACAUACUUCUUUCGGUCUGGAUCUUGGUAGGUGCCUCAACCAAUGUUUAUACCUCGAAAACCCCACGAACCCACCAAACCUCAUGCUUUUGUACAAGACCAUCGGGUCUAUUAGAUGAAACAUGAUUUCAUCAGUUACACUGGCUAUUGGCUCUAUGUUUCAAACUAAGGCGGCAAAAUCAAUCAAGCGCCAGGAGGAGUUCCUUAAAUGCUACAAAAACCAGCAGCAGCCAUUGUAGAUUGUGAGAGCUCUUCAAGAACACGUGGAAUGGAGAUUAUCAAAUAGUUUUUGCGAACCCACAGCCAUCGGAGAAGCUCUCUUAUGCAGGAAAGGUUGGUGAAGAUAACUUCCUUCCCCUAUAGAGCAAGAAGUUUAUAGUGAUGCAAUUGAAGUUGUUUAUUUGUCAAUAUGUACUUGGGGCAUUUCAUGUUGUACUAAUAUUAGAUCUUGGAUUGUAAUAAGUCAUAUUGUAUUGUAACGAGUUAUCAUAUUGGCAAGUGCUCUAAUUGAAGUGUGAUGGGCUUUGGUGUCA